AGUCCACCUGCCGCAGCCCCCUCGUAACUCCUUGUGUGUCUCUUGGUUUUCAGAGAUGCCCCUGUACUUUGUGGACUUGCAGGAUGACUUAGACGAUUAUGGAUUUGAGGGCUAUGGCCCUGACUGCAAUGGCAUGAGGGUGACAGCCUUCUUGGACAUUCCAGGCCAGGACAACCUGCCUCCCCUCGCUCAUCUGCAAAAGUAUGCUUUUUCAGCAGUCACAUCUUCAACUGAUGGAGGUACACCCAGAUUGCAUUACCUGCUCGGAACGAUGCUGGAGUGAACACACACAUGUGUGGACCCUUUCUCAUAGCCACUGCCAGGUUAUGGCCCGAGGGCUCCUUGCGGACUUCAGUAACAAGGAAGAAGACUUCCUAACAGUAAUGGGGAUCAUGGUCAGAUUGUCAGAAGAUGCAGCAGAGCCCACAGUGCGGACUGAGCUGAUGGAGCAGAUUCCUCCUCUUGCCAUUUUUCUACAAGAAAACAGAUCAGAUUUUCCAGUGGUGCUCUCUGAAUGCCUCAUACCCGUCAUGGUGAGGUACCUCACAGAUACAGACAAUCAGAUAAUCUGCAAGCUGUCGUCAGUGCUGAGCAAGUGCACAGUUGAACGCCUGCUGUUCCCGCGAUUCUGUGAACUGUGUGGCUACGGGAAGCUCUUUCAAGUUCGGAAGGUGGUGGCAAUUCUGCAGAAGUUCUAUUCAAACAAUGACAGUGCACUGGGGUUCCGUUUCAUCAUGAACUCAUCCUACGGUUCCGGCACUGUUCUAAGUGGUUCAGAAGCGUAUUUUAGAAAUGCCGGUAACCCUCAUCUUGGAGUUGUUGAAGAAACUGUCCUGGCUCUGCAGUCCGACCAGAACCAAGAUCUUGCCUUUUUUGCUGCCCUAGAACCAAAGCGGGGGAACGUUACAGACCUCAGCAUGCUGCAAGAACAGAACUAACCCAUCUGUGAUCACUGCAAGCCGGUCACUUCGAGCUUGGCAUGUGCUGCUUACCGUACCUUGAAGGGGAGCUGAUGGUGUCAUACCUGCCUGGGGAGGAAAAGUUUCUGAGACUUUGAUGUUGUGUCCUCCAGGACCCCUUUCCCAUCUGUGGUCACAGGGACUGCUCCUGAGACAGGCAGUAGUUCCAGGUGACCCGGCAGGCACUGUGCUUCUGUGCCCCUACAUGCCUGAUCAGGAAGUCUGUGCAAAGUCUGUAGAACCGGCUGGCUCCCUCCGUGACAUCAGACUGUCUGGCAGCAGUUUGUUUUUUCUAUUACUGAUGAUAUUAUUUGACCCCCAGUUACCUCCUCUCCAAAAAUAAAGUACUUUACUAGAAGCUUUUAC